AUGACAAACGAUUGUUCGGAAGAAAUUUUGGAUUUGACAGCGAAUCUUUCGAAUGAUUGUGAAAUUUGUGGAGAACCGGCAAUCGGGUGGAAUUAUGGGGCAAUCGUUUGUGGCAGUUGCAAGAUCUUCUUCAUUCGAGCCACCACCUCGGCAGCUCCAAUCCCGAAAUGUCAAAACGCCGAGAGAUGUGUUCCACCAAAAUUUUUCUGUGAUAAAGCUGGGAAAGUGAAAUGCAUUUCGUGUCGUUACAAGAGAGCGCUUCGAGCAGGAAUGGAUCCAGAAAGACCAGCUCGUCGUCGUGGCUGUUUUCUACGAGAAAGGAGAGCUCAAGUUGGACUAAAACCAAGGGGAAGACCAAAAAAUGGAGAAAUUUUGAAAAAACCAUGUACAAGUGGAAAUAUUGGUCUGAAAGAGCUCCAAAUAGCAGCGCAGAGCUUCUCGGCUCCGGUUUUUGUUGGCCCUUGUGAUUCAGUUGAAACCAUCAGAAAUCUUUUGAAUCUAGAAAGUUUAAUCUCAAACGAUGAUUUGGCAAAGUCGAUUGUCCUUGAUUACACCUAUUCAUUGGAUGUCUCGAUAACGGAUGUUCUAGCGAAUCCGGGGGUUUUGUGUCAACGAGUACCGAUGGGAAUCGACGGAUCGAAUCCGCCAAAGAUCCCGGAAAAUUGUUUGGCAACACUUGGUGGAAGGCUGUGUGCCCGUUUAUCGAUGCAUUGUGCCGAUUGGUGUCGGGGAAUUCCCGAAUUUUGGAAUCUCCACGAAGAGGAUCGGAUAAACCUAUUCGCGCGUUUAAUCGGGCAAUUGGGCCCUUUCACCGACUACUUCAUGACCUACAAACACUCGUUCACUGGCGGCCUUCUCACUACUUUUGGUUCUCAUGCGAAAAUCGAUGAAUUGCAUAUUUUAGAUGAAUUCAAGGAAACCUUUUAUUUUCAUAUUUAUUACGGAUUGAAUACAGUGAUUCCAAUGAUGAAAAGAACUGAAAUCAGAGAUGAAGAAUUUCUAUUGCUUAAAGCGAUCAUUUUAUUUUCUUCAGAUAUCGGUUUCCGAGAGAUCAGUUCACAAGUGACACGAAAAGCUUUCUACAAGUACACCAUGAUAUUGCUUGAGCAUCUCAAAAUUCGAUUCAAAGAUGAAAAAGUGGCUUUGGUGAAGUUCAACGAGUUGAUGAUGAUACCAAUGUGUAUGCAAACAGUUGCCGCAAAACUUCAGUCACAAUUCGGCCAAGUGUUUCUUACAAAGCAAGCUGGAGUUGAGGGGAAAUUUCCGGAAGAGAUAUUCUUCAAAACA